CCCUCUCCAUUGUCAUCCCCCACAUACCCACACAAACACACAAAACACAGCCAGCUUGAUCCAAAAAAAUGUCCGAUACCGCUGGAAAGCCCAUCAAGUGCAAGGCUGCCGUCUGCUGGGGUGCAGGCGAGCCCCUGAAGAUCGAGGAGGUCGAGGUGGCGCCUCCUCAGGCGAACGAGGUCCGCAUUCAUAUACUUCACACUGGCAUCUGCCACACCGACGAGUACACUCGCAGUGGCAAGGACCCCGAGGGUCUUUUCCCGGUCAUUCUUGGCCACGAGGGUGGUGGAAUCGUCGAAUCCGUCGGUGAGGGUGUUACAAGCGUGAAGGUCGGGGAUCAUGUCAUUCCUCUCUAUACCGCCGAGUGCAGAGAAUGCAAGUUCUGCAAAAGUGGAAAGACAAACCUUUGCGGCAAAGUCCGUGCAACCCAAGGCCAAGGCCUUAUGCCCGACAACACCAGCCGCUUCACCUGCAAGGGUCAAUCCAUCCACCACUUCAUGGGCACCUCGACAUUUUCUCAAUACACCGUCGUAGCCGAUGUCUCCGUCGUCGCCAUCAACCCGAAGGCUCCCCUUGACAAGGUCUGCCUGCUCGGCUGUGGAAUUACCACCGGCUACGGAGCUGUCGUGAAACAGCCUGGCAUCAAGGGCUCCACCGUCGCCGUCUUCGGCGCUGGCUGCAUCGGUCUCUCCGUCAUCAUGGCUGCUUCCGUGGUCGGUGCCUCCCGAAUCAUCGCCGUCGACACGAACCCUCGCAAAGAGUCUUGGGCGAAGAAGUUCGGCGCGACGGAGUUCGUGAACCCAUCUACAUUGCCUGAGGGCAAGAGGAUACAGGAUUAUCUUGUUGAAAUCACGGACGGAGGGCUUGAUUUCACAUUCGAUGGAACGGGUAAUGUCCACGUUAUGCGUGCAGCUCUCGAAGCAUGCCACAAAGGCUGGGGCGUGUCUACCGUCAUCGGCGUCGCCGCCGCAGGACAGGAGAUCUCGACGAGGCCGUUCCAGCUUGUUACUGGCCGUGUGUGGCGCGGGACGGCGUUCGGUGGAGUGAAGGGACGGACUGAGUUGCCUGGACUCGUUGAGGAUUACUUGAACGGCACGAUGAACGUCGAUGAUUUCGUCUCUCACCACCGGAAGUUCGAGGAGAUCAACGAAGGCUUCGAGGAUAUGCACGCCGGAGACUGCAUCCGUUGCGUGGUCGAUAUGUCCUGAGCUGUUGAUCUCUCUCUUCCUGCCGUUCCGUGCUGUUGCGCUGGCUGGGCGGGAGGUUGAACGUUGAACGUCGGAGGUUUGCACGAGUUAUCCGUGUAUGUAGCAGUGCGCAGUUUGUAUUUUUUGUCGAAUGAUCAAAGGAAGACAUUGUUGUAGCAAGUUGAGCGAGAUAUCCA